CAAUAAAGCCAGGUAAUAUAAAGGGGACGAAGAAACUCCCACUUUUUAGCCUAAAGAUAAUUGGGAGUUGGAUUCUCUUUAUGAAAAGUUACUGUUACUAAAGAAAUUAAAGUUCAUAUUACUCCUAUAUUUUUAUGGCAAUUGUCCCAUUUACAAGCAUCAUCAUGAGCCAAAGCCAACAACAUGAGCAACAAGAUGACACCAUCAACAACAUUAACAACACCAUUAAAGAUGAUGAUGAUCAUGAACAUGACAUGGUCAUGCCUGGUUUUCGAUUCCAUCCAACUGAAGAGGAACUUGUAGAGUUUUAUCUUCGCCGUAAGGUUGAAGGCAAGCGCUUUAAUGUUGAACUCAUCACUUUUCUUUAUCUUUAUCGCUAUGACCCUUGGGAGCUUCCUGCGUUGGCAGCAAUUGGAGAGAAGGAAUGGUAUUUCUAUGUACCAAGAGAUCGGAAGUACAGAAAUGGGGACAGGCCUAAUAGGGUGACAACUUCAGGUUACUGGAAAGCUACUGGAGCUGAUAGAAUGAUUCGAAGCGAGAAUUCGCAGUCGAUUGGCCUGAAAAAGACAUUAGUUUUCUACUCCGGCAAAGCUCCAAAGGGGAUUAGAACUAGUUGGAUUAUGAAUGAAUACCGUCUUCCACAGCAUGAGACUGAACGCCUACAAAAGGCUGAAAUUUCAUUGUGCCGUGUCCAUAAAAGAUCCGGAGUGGAAGACCAUCCAUCUCUCCCUCGAUCACUUCCCACAACAAGAGCAUCAUCUUCUUCUUCCUCAAGAGGGACUACUAAUUCAAUCAAGAAACAACACCAUCAACAAGUAGUACAAAACUCAUUGAUCUCUCCAUAUGUAGUAGGUCAAUCCUCCCAACAGCAAAUUGAUGAAAAAUUGAGUACUGAAACAAGUGCAAGCAGUACUAGCACUGAUCACCACCACCAUCAUCACGUUGCUACAUCUCUCGGCCUCAAUUCCCUUUCAAAUUCUUACAAUUCCAUCGCAUUAGACCCCAUGGCUGGGGGCGCAGUCACUUCAACAUCCUCAUUAUCGCCUUUUGCUUCGUUAGUAUCACCGAGUAGUACUGGUGCUGUAGUCGAGGAUCUCCACAAACUAAUCAACUUAGAUCAGCAGGUCGCGUUUCAUAAUCAGCAGCAUUUUCAUAAUAAUCCCAUUAACCAUAUUCCUGCUGUUGCAUCCCAGCAGUUUUUGCAGCCACAAGUAUUACCACAGCAUGCGCAGCCUCAAUCUUUAUUGUUCCAAGGAUCGCUUCAGUCGUCGUCGUCUUUUUCAGACAGAUUAUGGGAAUGGAGUUCAAUUCAAACUGAUGCAAACUGUAAAGACUACCAACCCAAUAACCCCUUCAAGUAGUCUUAUCAAUUAGCUACUAGACAUAUAUAUACAUAGAGCUCUAUAUUUUUAAAUAAUGUGCAUGGUACCUUUGUUAGGGUUUUGGGAUCUUAGUUAGACUAUUAAUUUUUAGUUAAUUGUAAUUUCUCUUCCUAUCGGUACUUGAUUAAAUAUGUGAUUUAGCUGUACUUUUCAAUAAGGAAAAAUGUUUAUUAGUUAAUUCAUUAA